AUGGAAAUUACCUCUAGAAAAUGUAACUGUGCCACCAUGCUGCCCUGGAGGAUGGCCAUUAUUGGUCUCCUCUACUGCUGCAUCAGAUUAGGUGUUGCACGAUGUCGGACUAAAGCCCUAUUUCCAGCUGCAAGCAGAGUAAAAAGAGGGGUGGCAAGUGCGGUUAACCCCACCUUCCACAGCACCUUUGAUGAUGUUAAUCUAUUAUUUGAGAUUUUGCUGACUGGGAUACACUUUGACAACAGUGGAGAGUUCUUCGUACAAGAUGCUGAGCUGGCUUCCCUCCGCAAGACAAGAAACCUGAAAGUCAUCUGCGAGGAGAUCAUUCCCAGGAAGCUAACAGGCGUCUUCAGGCUCAUCUCAGGCCUUUCAAAACACACUGGCCAUCUGCAUCAGGACGAUUUUGAGCGCACCCUGCUGACCUUAGUGUACACUGUCCAGGGGAUGGUCAACUCCACUACUGAACAACAGCGAGACAUGUGGACUGAGUCUUUUGUUAGUUUGUACAGAGCCAUCAAGCAGGAUCUGACAGGGACAAACUAAACAGAUAUUGGUGUUGCUGUUGGCUCCAUGCACGAUAGAAAAAUAUCCAUUGAGAUCAGUGAGUAAUCCUGGUUUGUGCAUUGAGGAAAUAUUGUAUCUUUAAUGCUGGCAUGCUGUAAGGAGCCCCGAGACACAGGAAAAGUGCAUGGACUGAUAAUGACACAAUUAUUCAAAUAUUUACUGUCCAAGCAAAAUUAAGUUAAACAUGAGGUACUGUACACACAUGAAUCUUUUCAGACUCGGUUCACGAGCAAACGGUUGUUUACAAGACUUGUAAGACCAAAGAUAUCUAAUAAAACAUCAAGUAAAGGAAUUAUUGUUUACA